AUGUACAUUCGCAAGGACAUGUCCGGCAGUGCGCCGCUUAACUUUCGGGUGGCGAGAGCCAUACGGGAGAUCCAGCCGCCUGACAAGGAAGAUCCUCAACCCAGCAAAAAUCACUCGGUCGGCAUUAUUCUUGGCUGCAUCUUUGCUAGCUGCGUCGUCGCCGGCUUCCUGGUCAUAGGAUAUCUACGCUGGCGACGACUGCGGAAGCCGCAGUAUGCACUCUCUGGCCGCGAUGACAAUGACCACAGUGCUACGGCCAUACCUGCUGUGACGACACAGACCACCACCGUUCAGACGCCGGCCGCGACAGUCGACCGGAAUACGAGCGUACGGUCGGUCAUGACUUUGCCGCCCUACCGCCCUAAAGCGUCCGAUAACGAGCACGUUUUGGGCCGCGAGGGCGAGCGCGGAGGCAUCGACGUCGUCUUGGAGCUGCCGACGGCCGAAGAGGAGGAGUCUCUGCGUGAGGAGGAAAUGGACACACUAUUCCAGAUCCGCCAGGCCCGACGCCGUCAGGCAGCCGAACGGGAAGAGCGCCGACGAGCACGACAGGAAGCACGCGACCGGAACGACCGGGCAGCCCUCCAGAGUAUCCGGCAACAGACACAGCUGGCGACGACAAACAAUUCUAGUGAGAUCGACACGCUGCGUGCCGAGCUUGAGCGUUCCCGGGACAUACGGACUCGUGCGGUCAGCAAGGUGAAUUACGCCGAUGUGGGCGUGGCACGCCACGACGGCACGCGCAUUCGGGCCAACAGCUCGGAGAGCGAACGUGUCGGCCUGCUCAGCGACGCGGCCAGCAUCGGUGCGUCUAACCGUUCGUCGGGCCUGCAGCAGAGCCUCCCUGCGACGCAACCUCAUCACCGUGAUCACAGCGCCAGUUCUGUGAUCAGCCUCGACACCACGCACAGCGACGGUGUGCAAUCCCAUGGGCCUCCUUCGGCACGAUCGCGCACGAGCUCCAUCGGCCAGCAUACGCGGGCUGGGUCGAGCCCGGAGCUUAUUGACGCUGCCGAGGCCGAUAUGGGCGACAGUUACAUGCCAUCGCACUCUCCGCCUGGCUAUGACGAGGUUUCCCUCAACGACCUCACACCCGCCCACUCUCGCUCUACGAGCCCGUAUCCCGAGCCGCCACCAGACUAUACUCCGAGCACGAUAAGCGGUCAAAACCCAGGGACCGUUGCUGCCGAGUCUUCUGGGGCGGCUGCCCGCACAACAGAACCAGAGUCCUCGGGGAGCAUCAGCAGAAGCGGCAGUGACAGAGAUUCGAGAAGCGCCGCUAUUGCACGGCUGCCAAGUUUACGUCUGCCCGAGCUUCCACAAAUUGUUAUUGAACCGUCGAGUGCGGUGACGAGAGACGACAGCGAGCGCGCUGGCCAGACGAUGCAUCAACGUCCGCCGGUCGACCUGUACGACAGAGACGACCUCUUGCCUGCAAACAUGGGGCAGCCGGCGGCGGGAGGAGGAGGAUAUCACGGGACCGAGGAGGAGAUGAGCGCGGCAGAGCAGAAUGGCAUCGACCUGCUGGACGAUGUGUUUGGAUCGGGGGAAGCGGAGGAGGCCGAGAGGGUCAGAACGGCGACAGCAGCCACGGACCAUCCGUCGGACAUGACGCGGCUGCAGCAGGAGCACUCGACGGCAGGCUACCGCGACGGUGUGACGGCGGGCAAAGAGGCGAGCUCGCAGGGCGGCUUUGACGAGGGCUACUCGCUGGGCGCGGCACUGGGGCUGGCAGCCGGGGAGCUGCUGGGGCUUCUGGAGGGGAUGGCAGGAGGAGUGGUGGGGGCAGCGGCGACGGCUGAAGCUGCCACGGAGGACGAGUGUGUGUGCCUGUUGGCUAGAGCGCGAGAAGAGCUGAAGCUGCAGUCCAUCUACGGGUCGGCCUACUUUGCGCCGGACGGGACCUGGACAUACGAGUUGACUGCGACUGAGAAAGAGGCGACUGUCUUUGAUGUGGCACGCGCUCACCCGCUGGUCCGCAGGUGGCGGCAGCUCGUGGACGCGCAGGCCGAGCAGCUGGGCGUCGUGCUGGGCGACGACGAUGCGGCCGUGAAGGCGGCGCUGGGACUCGGCGACGAGGACGAGGACGAGGGGAACGAAGAGGAUGAGGGAACGACUGUGGCAACGGCAACGGCAACGGCAACGGCAACGGCAACGGCAACGGCAGUGGCAGUGGCAGUGGCAGUGGCACCGCGCAACGUGCCGGCCUCGAACUCGUCGCUGGACUGGUGA